AUUCUGGUCAGUUGAACCACAAGCAGAAGAAUAGAUUCAGACACAGCUCAGACAGAGAAACACAAAAACAGAGAUGAGGAUCUAAAGACAUGAACAUCUAAUACGCUUUUAAAGUGGAGCCGGAGGUAAUAUGGAUAAAGCUGGAAUGACUGAGAAGAUCCUCCUCAUCUUCACCCUCUUCCUGAUUUCAGUAGGUGGAGGAGAAUCAGAGGGAGUGACAGGAUAUUCAGGAGGAGGAGUCCUCAUCAAGUGUAGAUACGAGAGAAAAUACACAUCAAACCAGAAAUAUUUCUGUAAGGGUUCAUGGUUAAACCGUACUGACCAGAUCAGGACAGGAGUUAAAGAUGAGUGGAUAAAUAGUGGAAGAUUCUCACUGUUUCAUAACACCAGCACUGCAGAGUUCCAGGUGUUGAUCAGAGAGCUCACUGUAGAGGAUUCUGGAUGGUACCAGUGUGGAGCUGAAAAAGCUUUGAACACACCAGUGGAACUGAAUGUACAGGAAGGUGAGUCUCUCCCAUCACUGCACCUAUUUAUUAUCCUAAACUUCCUGCAUCAUUAGCAUCAGCUGCAGUGAGGAUGACU